AGGAAGGGGGUUAAAGAGAUAUAAAUCAAACUUUAUGGCUUUAAUGGGCUUCUCUCCUGCAACCAUAAACUCCUUUCACACUCGAUACUCUUUGGGUUUCUUUGUAGGCAAAAGAAAUAUCAGAAAACUUUCUCUCUAAUCUUUCCGAAAACUCUCUCUCUCUCUCGCUCUCCCAUGGAUUCCGGCAACAGUCACAGCAUGCAAGCCUCAAUUGGCGGUGGCGAAGAAGAGAACGACUCACGCGCCGAUCAAUCCAUCUCCGCUUUCUUCAAUCACCACAACUCCACCGCCGCUGCCGCCACCGCAAGGAACGCGAUACCGCCAGCAAGCCUUUAUCACCAUCACGACAGCAUCGGCGGGGCCUUCCCCGGCCCACAUCCUCCGCCGCACCACCAACCCAACAUAGACCCUCUUAUAUCGAACUACUUCAAUCUUGACACUGUUUGGCCGUCGACGACCGUACGAGCUGUCCCCGAUGUCGCCGGACCAUCGUCUGAAACGGCCUUCUUCACAAACCCCACUUCGUUACCAGACCUGAGACGAAACAGUUCCGGUUCAGCCCUUAGCAGUGACAACAACAACAUUAACAAGAACGGUAAUAGUACUAAAAAUAUGGCACGAAACCCGAAGAAGAGAUCGAGGGCCUCGAGACGAGCGCCGACGACGGUAUUGACCACCGACACAACCAAUUUCAGAGCCAUGGUCCAGGAGUUCACUGGCAUCCCUGCUCCGCCAUUCACCGGAUCCUCUCCUUUCUCACGAACCGGCCGGUUUGAUCUCUUCGGCCCUUCCCCUAAUUCCCCGUUCCCAUUAAAACCCUUUGCUCAGAAACGGAUCCCUCCAUCGUUUCUUUCGUCUGCGUCGUCAUCUUCGCCUUCUUCUUCUACUGCUGUCAUUGCUUCUUCUUCUUCGCACCUUCCUUCCGCAGGACAUCAGAAUCUCUUGAACACGAACACGCAGAGUACCACCAACCCUUUUCUUAACAUCCACGACCCUAAGGACCCUUUAACCGAUCCAUCGACUUUCGCUGCAAAGUCGAAAGCUUUGUUCAACCAAUCUCAGAGCAUCAAGCUGGGCAAGUCUCUUGACGAGUUCGGACACUCUGGGUCAAACUUUGGCGGGCUCCUGGGCAUUGUCUCUUCUUCAUCGACGUCAACCCUAAUCCACGGAAACAACAAUUCCGAGGCCGAAAACGUCGAAGCUGAUCUGUCGAGGUCCAUCAAUGCAGGGUUCGGUGAAUCUGUGCACAGAACUCCGAGUUUCAGAGCCUCCGAGGAGGUUGCGACGGCGGUUUCUGGAUCAUCGCCGGCGCCUGAGAAUAAUUUAUCGGCCGCGAGAAAAGAAAGUAUGUUGGAGUCAUGGAUUUUUUCUUCUGAUUAGAUUAUAUAACAAAACCUAGCAAGAAUCUGAAGGAAGUGUUGAAUGAGUUCAUUGAAUAUAUGAUGUCUUUUAAUGCUUUAGCUUCAAUAAUACUCUAACUAUACGACUUCCGGCAUA